GCUGGGUUCUGGUUAGCUGGAGGAGUGUGAAACCGCGUGUUAAUGUAACCAGUUGUGGAGAGGAGAGGACGGCCCGAGUCGUCAGUGUCCCGAGUCCGGUGCUGCUAGUGGGAGCCUCCGCCGAGGCCUGGAUCCCGUGUCCGGCAUCUGGGUGUUGGAAGAACUUUCCGCGGCCCUGGAAGGAGGGGGCUGAGCGGGCGGAGCUGCUAAUUAGCCGUCGGAACUACGGGCUGUUGUCGGGAGUCUUUGUGUUCCCGCCGCCUCCCUCCAGCUGGAUGUUUACGGAUUGCUGCUGGGGCUGCGUCCUCUCCCGCCGUGUGCACUGCUGAGGGGCCCUGUGGAUCUAUCGGAAACUUAGCCGGGAAAGUUUGCUUGUCGCCCGGGCUGCGGGCCGGCUGGCUCCUUGUUCUCCGCAGACAAAGGGCGCCCGGGAGGAUGCUGGGGGCACGCUGCGUGUAGCCGCCCGUGCCCGCCGCUCACCAGCGCUGCCAGCGGAGUCGGCACCAGUGCCCGAGAAUUGAGCUGCAAAGGAGCAAAGCGGCGGCUGGGAGAGCCAUGUUUCCCCAGGGCAGACACCCGACGCCGCACCAGGCCGCAGGCCAGCCAUUUAAAUUCACCAUCCCAGAGUCCUUGGACCGGAUCAAGGAAGAAUUUCAGUUUCUCCAAGCGCAGUAUCACAGCCUUAAAUUAGAAUGUGAAAAAUUGGCAAGUGAAAAGACAGAGAUGCAGAGGCAUUAUGUGAUGUAUUAUGAGAUGUCCUACGGACUGAACAUCGAAAUGCACAAACAGACAGAAAUUGCCAAGAGACUGAAUACGAUUUGUGCACAAGUCAUCCCAUUUCUUUCUCAGGAACAUCAACAACAGGUGGCUCAAGCUGUAGAGCGUGCCAAACAAGUGACCAUGGCAGAGCUGAAUGCCAUCAUCGGGGUACGUGGCCUUCCUGGUCUACCUCCUACACAGCAACAGUUACAAGCUCAACAUUUGUCACAUAGUCAUGGACCACCAGUGCCUCUAACUCCACAUCCGUCAGGACUCCAGCCUCCUGGUAUGCCACCUCUAGGAAGCAGUGCAGGCCUCCUUGCCCUCUCUAAUGCACUUGGUGGGCAAUCUCACCUUGCCAUAAAGGAUGACAAGAAGCAUCACGAAUCAGACCACCAUAGAGAGAGAGAGCCAGGAACAAGUAAUUCUUUGUUGGUUUCUGACAGCCUGCGAGGAACAGAUAAAAGGAGAAAUGGACCAGAUUAUUCAAAUGACCUAAAAAAGAGGAAAGUGGAUGAUAAAGAUUCAAGCCACUAUGAUAGUGAUGGGGACAAGAGUGAUGAUAAUUUAGUUGUCGAUGUUUCCAAUGAGGACCCAUCGUCUCCGAGAGCAAGUCCAGCUCAUUCCCCCAGAGAAAAUGGUAUUGAUAAAAGCAGAUUAAUGAAGAAAGAUGCCUCAAGCAGUCCAGCGUCUACUGCAUCAUCAGGAAGUUCGACGUCCUUAAAAUCUAAAGAAAUUAGCAUGCAUGAAAAAGCCAGCACGCCUGUCCUGAAGUCGAGCACGCCAACUCCUCGUAGUGAUGUACCGACUCCCGGCACAAGUGCUACGUCAGGUCUUCGCCCGGGACUUGGCAAGCCCCCCUCCAUGGACCCUCUGAUUAACCAAGCUGCUGCUGCAGGUUUAAGGACACCACUAGCAGUCCCAGGCCCCUAUGCUACUCCGUUUGGGAUGGUACCUCAUGCUGGAAUGAACGGCGAACUUACCAGUCCAGGAGCUGCGUAUGCAAGCUUGCACAAUAUGUCUCCACAGAUGAGCGCUGCUGCGGCCGCAGCUGCUGUUGUGGCCUAUGGCAGAUCACCAAUGGUUGGCUUUGAAACUCCUCCCCAUAUGAGAGUGCCAGGAAUGCCUCCAAACCUAGCUGGAAUCCCUGGAGGAAAGCCGGCCUAUUCAUUUCACGUUACUGCUGACGGCCAGAUGCAGCCAGUCCCAUUCCCCCCUGAUGCUCUCAUUGGCCCAGGAAUCCCUCGGCACGCGCGGCAGAUAAACACACUAAAUCACGGAGAAGUAGUUUGUGCAGUUACCAUCAGCAACCCCACAAGACACGUGUACACUGGUGGAAAGGGAUGCGUCAAGGUCUGGGACAUUAGCCAACCUGGCAACAAAAGCCCCGUCUCUCAGCUGGACUGUUUGAACCGGGAUAACUAUAUCAGGUCAUGUAAAUUACUCCCUGAUGGAUGCACACUCAUUGUUGGAGGGGAGGCCAGCACGUUAUCCAUAUGGGACCUGGCAGCACCGACCCCGCGUAUAAAAGCAGAGCUGACCUCAUCGGCUCCUGCCUGCUAUGCUCUGGCCAUCAGUCCUGAUUCCAAGGUCUGCUUCUCCUGCUGUAGUGAUGGCAACAUUGCAGUGUGGGACUUGCACAACCAGACCCUUGUGAGGCAAUUCCAGGGCCACACAGAUGGAGCCAGCUGUAUUGAUAUUUCUAAUGAUGGUACCAAGCUCUGGACUGGAGGUUUGGACAACACUGUACGAUCCUGGGAUCUCCGUGAAGGUAGACAGCUCCAGCAACAUGACUUCACUUCACAGAUCUUCUCUCUUGGAUACUGUCCAACUGGUGAAUGGCUUGCAGUAGGAAUGGAGAGCAGUAAUGUGGAGGUUCUGCAUGUUAAUAAGCCUGACAAAUAUCAGCUGCACCUUCAUGAGAGUUGUGUGUUGUCCCUAAAGUUUGCAUAUUGUGGUAAAUGGUUUGUGAGUACAGGGAAAGACAACCUUCUUAAUGCUUGGAGAACUCCCUAUGGAGCCAGUAUUUUCCAGUCCAAAGAAUCCUCAUCUGUUCUUAGCUGUGACAUCUCCACGGACGACAAGUACAUUGUCACUGGAUCUGGGGACAAGAAGGCCACAGUCUAUGAAGUGAUCUACUGAAUGUUGGUGAAAUGUUCUCAGAAAGACUAUCUGGGCCAAAAUCUGCUUGUUUGUCUAGAAGCAGGAAGAUUUUUUUUUUUUUUUUUAUAAAGCGGAGAAUGGGAUUUUUAACAUGGAUAUUAAACUCUAUUACCUGUGUAUACAGAGCGUACAAAGGAACUUGCAUCGUUGUGGGCUCAGUAAUGGCUUGGAACAAAUUUGAAGUGAAGAUGGACAUCAAAUGUCUUAAUAUGUCUGCGUUUUUUUGUUUGUCUUUCUUCCUAUGUGACUCAAGGCUGAGGAACAGAUAUCCUGAAGAUUGGUGAUUUACCAGAUUCUUGAAAUACAUGAUCCUAUCUGUCCUAAAAUAUUGUCGCCCCCCCCCCUUUUUUAUAAUAUUUUUUGUUGAAGGUCAAAGUUUUUGUAUAAAAUGUAAAUAUAUUUGUUUUCCUACAGUAAAGGCUUUAGUACCAACAGCAUUUUUUUAUUGUCAAAUAUGUAAAUUGAUACCCAUGGUGUAUAUAGGAUUUGUAAUUACUCGGUAAGGUUGUGAAGGUUUAUUUUACCUUUGGUACACUGUAAUAGGUAUAGUGAAGUUGUAAAUGUUAUAAAAUGCAGCUGCAAUGAAUUGUCAUCUGUCAUAGGCUGCUAGCUUAAAUGGCCCAUACCCUGUAUCUCAUACCUCUUCUCUAGCUCAACCUACUUGUAACUUGAUUAACUUCACCUACAAUGGAGGUCUUCCUGUCGACGCAGUACUGAACUGCAGCCUUUGCUGGAACUCCUGACGAGUCAGUCUGUACAUAUACAAUUAAAUGCAUUUGUAAGAUUAGAACUGUACACAGUCAUAUUUUUAUGUUCAUACUUGAUGUGGACAACUUAGAUGGGUGCUUUAAUUUAGUGGCAUCUUGUUGGAUCAGCUCGACCUUUUUAGUCCACUUCUUACGCCCCCCCCCUUUUAUCGUAUAAUAUAAUAGUGUUUCAUGGUUAUAUAUAGAGGCAUGCAGAAUUCUGUGUUCUGUUGCUCUAGUUUGAAAUGCAGAACAGGAACGGAUGCCUGUACAAUGAAUCUUCCUCAAUUUGUAGAUGCAUGUAUAGAUGGCUACCCGCAGAUCUUGGAAUGUAUACUUUAAGGCUAGGUCUACACAUGUAGUAAUGUAUGAGACUCUCAUGCAGUUGUUACAUUGUAGCCUCUAGGCUUACAGCAUAGAAACAAUGGCUGCUUUGUGUUCCUUUGCAAGAUCACAAUCAGGGUACAACCAUUGUGGUACUGCUACUCAAGCAAAAUCCGUUGUGUACUGAACCGAAGAUGGUAGAAUUAUAAUUUUUUUUUUUUUCAUAUUUUGUUACUUUGUGGUAAGAACAUGACCAUUUCCUCAAACCUGGCAAAGUCUUUCAACUGAUUUAUUUAUUUUGGAAUUAACCCCCUUAUUUUAGAGGUCAAUAAUCCUACUACUAUUUCUGCUUCCAUUGAGUUAAAAUAAAUCAUCCAAUGGUUUUUUAAA